AUGUCGCGAUCAUUUCUAAUGGAUUCACUUUUAAGUGAUAUUUCACCGACAAUUUCUAUGAAAAAAGAAAAUUUAGAUAAUAUGAAAGUUGCUGCUGUUGCAGCUGCUGCAAAUAUUUUACCAAUAUUACCAUAUCCUGCUAGUUAUGUUGGUAGUUAUUUAUUUUCACUUGGAAUACAACAACAACAACAACACCAACAACAACAACAAUUAGUUGCAAUUGCACAAGAUUAUGCUGAUUCAAGUAAAAGAAUACGUACAGCAUUUUCAAGUACACAAUUAUUGGAAUUAGAACGUGAAUUUGCUGCAAAUAUGUAUUUAUCAAGAUUAAGACGUAUUGAAAUAGCAAAUCGUUUAAGAUUAUCAGAGAAACAAGUUAAAAUAUGGUUUCAAAAUCGUCGUGUUAAACAAAAGAAAGGACCAUCAGAUAGUCCAACAUAUCAAACAUCUUAUGGUAAUGAAAGUCCAACAUUAUCUGAACAAAAAUUUCAUACAAAUAUAAAUUGUAAUAAUUGUAGUAAUUGUUCGGCGGCCGUCGGCAAUGGUAUAAUUAUUGCUGCCAAUCAUAGUAAUAAGUCAUUAACAAAUCAUUGUAUAGAAAAUUUGUGCUCAAAUUCAUAA